AUGGUGAAUGUGGCCAAGAUAUGCAAUGUUAUUCAUGGUUUGAAGCCAGUAUUGCUGAUGAUAGCAGUUCAAACAGCAUUUGCAGGAGUUAAUGUGUUUUACAAACUCGCGGCUAACGACGGCAUGGUUCUUUCUAUUCUUAUCGCCUAUCGUUUUCUCUUCUCCGUUACAUUUAUUGUUCCACUUGCACUUCUGGUUGAAAGAAAGAAAAGACCAAAGAUGACAUGGAUGAUACUCUUGCAAGCUUUUUGUUGUGGAUUGUUUGGAGGUUCGUUGGUGCAAAAUUUCUAUAUAAAGGCCUUAUCGUUGACGUCUGCUACAUUUGCUGCGGCCACUACUAAUCUCAUUCCUGCCAUUACUUUUGUUCUAGCAGUUUGUUUCAGGAUGGAAAGGUUGGGAUGGAAAACAAGGUCUGGAGUAGCAAAGAUAACGGGGACUGCUUUAGGAAUUGGUGGGGCCAUGUUAUUAACAUUUUACAAAGGUGUUGACCUUCACUUGUGGAAAACCAAUAUUAAUCUUUUGAAUGGUCAACAUCAUUUAUCAAAUGCACAACAUUCAAGCAAUAGACUCUUGGGUUCUAUUUUAGCUAUUGGUAGUUGCAUAAGUUACUCCAUUUGGUUAAUCCUUCAGGCGAAUUUGGUUAAAACAUACCCAUGUCCGUAUACAGUCACGGCUCUUACGUUGACAAUGGGUGCACUUCAGGCAACUGUAUUUGGGUUAUGUACCGAAAGGCAUUGGAGUGAUUGGAAAUUGGGUUGGAAUGUUAGACUUCUAACGGUGGCUUACACGGGCAUAUUGGCAUCAGGAUUAAUGUUUACGUUUGUCACAUGGUGUGUUCAAAUGAGAGGUCCAUUAUUUGUUUCGGCCUUCAAUCCUCUUUUGCUUGUUCUUGUGGCUAUUGCAGGAUCAUUAGUCUUAAAUGAAAGUCUACACUUGGGAAGCGUGUUGGGUGCGAUAUUGAUAAUCUUUGGACUCUACAUUGUGUUAUGGGGCAAAGGCAAAGAGGUAAAGAAGGUAGCCCAAUUGUGUCCCGAAAGGGAAAUUAGUAUGGGAACCGGUGUAGGUGCCAUUGUUGGUCAGUCAGAACGUAUGGUUAUUGGCGACAACGAUUCAAAACACUCGAGUGCGCAAAGUGGCAAUGGUGAAUCUCGACGUGUUGAGGUGGUUGUGACUUCAUUAAAUUGAAAAUGUUUAUAUGGUAUUUGAGGAGAUCUUACACUUCGGUUAUUGUACGUAUCAUAACAACAAGAAAUUUCAAAGCUCCAACAUUUGCCAGCUUCUCAAAAGAAAUGAUGAUGAACGAAUAGGAAAUAGAAAUAGAGAGGUUAUUAAUUAGGCUUUCUAGUGAUAGUGAUAA